AUGAAAUAAUUAGAAAUCAUUGUCAAUAAACGAGAACAUUUAAGCCUUUCCAUUAAUAGUUCUUCUACAGUUGAAUAACUUAUAAACAAGAUCAUCUAAACUCUUCAAUUUCCAAAAGAAUCUAAAUAUACAAUUACAAUAGAUGGAACCCCAAUAGAUUCUUCAUAUUAAAUACCAGAAAAUCUACAAUCUCGAAUUAUUGCAGAUUUUAAUUGUUUAACAUCUAUAUAAUUUGAAAAUCCAUUUAUUCAAACAACUGAAUAAGAAUUAGACCUAUGCAAACCUUUAGUAGAAAUAUAAAAAGAAUUAGCUAAAGUAAUGCUUCCUAUUGAAUAUUAAAUAAUUAUAUUAAAAAAUGGUAAGCGGCUUACAGAAACAUAUAUAAACUACUAUCCAGAAAUUCCAAAAAAAUUACAAUUCAUCGUUAAAGCAUCCAUCUAUAUUAAUUAUUAAGGAAUCCAUCAUCAAUUAUAAUUAAAUCCAUUUGAAAAGAUUGAAAAAAUUAAAAAUUACAUUUUCUAAUAACUUAAUAUUGAUUAAGGAUUCUUACUUUUCUAUAAUAAUACCUAAUUAAAUGAUGAAAUGUAUUUUAUCUCUUAUUUGAUUCCUGAUCAUUCAGAACUUACAAUUAAAUUAUAAACUAGAAUCACUCUCUUAGUUAAAUAUCAAAAUAUUGUUCAUAAGUAUUCAACUUCAUUAAAUGAAAAAUUAUCUGUUGUCAAAACUAAACUAAAAUAAACUUAUAAAAUACCUGAAAACGAAAAACUUGAAUUAUUCUAUCAAAAUAUAUAUUUAGAUAAUAAUGAGGAGAAAUUGUCUGCUUUAAACAUAGAAGAUAAUUCACUUAUAAACAUCACAAUAGGAAAAAAAUAUAAUUUGAAUUUAGAAAAUGAUUAUUAACAAUAAACAUAUCAAUGCUAAGUUAACUCAAUUGAUUUAGUUUCUAUCCUUGAUGAUAUUAUUCCAUUAUAAAAUUGUCAACUUACUUACUAUUUUGGUGGAAAAGAAUUAGAUAAAAAUAGAAGUUUUGAUUAAAUUCAGGUCAAUAAUUGUAAUAUUAAUAUCAAAUAUCGAGUAUAAAAAAAGACUAUAUUUGUUAACUUUUAAGAAGAAUAAAAAAGCUCUAUAAAAUUGGAAGUUAAUAUUUCAGAUCCUAUCAGACUUGCAUUACCACAUAUAAAUUUAGCAAAUGAUUCUAUAACUAUGUUUUUUUAAGGUAGAAAGAUAUCUAUUGAAAGCACAUAUGAUUAAGAAGGAAUUAAAGAAGGAAGCACUAUCAUAUACUAAUUUAAUUAAUUUUAAAUAAAGUAUACUAUUGCUCCUGAUUUUUAAGAAUAUUCUAUAUUAAUCGCACCUAGAAUCAAUGGGGCCUAAUUAAUAAAUAUUUUAUCAAAGAACUAUAAAGGAUUAAGUAAAAAAUUUAAAUUAAUGCUAAAUAAUAUUGAAUUCCCUGUUAGUUAAAUAGUUGAAAAGUAAGAAAAUUAAUGUUUUCGACUAGUAUCAAUGUUUGAGAUGUAAUUUCAAUUUUAGAAUGAUAAUCAUAUUUAUAAUAAGACUUACUCAAUGGAUGAUACAAUUUUAAUUGCUAGAUAAAGAUUUUCAGAAGAAUUUAAUAUUCCACUAAAUUAGUUGUAUAUUUUUUUUUUAGAUUAAGAACUGAAAGAUGAGUAUAUGAUUCAUAAAUAUAAAGGAAAGGAUCUGUAGAUUUGUGAAACAAUAUGUGUUAAGUUCUAAAAGUACAAAAGCAAUGUAUUAAUAUAAAAAAAUUGCAAUAAAAACUUUUAAGUAAAAGAGAUAUUAAAAGAAUUCUUAAGAGAAUUUUCUUAAAAAGGGUGCCGAUGUUUUUUAAAUAAUUAACUUAUUAAUGAAUUAAAUUUGUUAAAAGAAAUUACUAAUUAACCAGCAGUUCUUUUAGUUGUUGAAUUUCAACAAGAGUUAUAACUUAUUAAUAAAUAAAUAAAAACUUAAGCAAUUUAAGUUGAGUUUUAUCCAAAAUAAAUUGUAGCUUCGACUCUAGCAAGAUUUAUGAAUGGCAAUUUCUAAUUUUAUUAGAAUGAUGAAUUGAUUGAUGCAACUAAGUCUUUUGAAGAUAAUCAUAUAUAAAACAAAUCCUAAAUUUAUUAUGAAGAAUGUUAUAAUUUUACUUUAGAGAUUUUAAAUGAUAAUUAAUAAAUUUAGCUUAGAAUUAACUCAUAAAAAAUUAAAAUUAAAGAUGCUAUUUAACAAAAAAUUUAAGAAAAAUAUUCAUCAUAGUUUUCUGCAUUUUAUAAUAAAUAAGAAAUAAAUUUAGAAAAUACAUUUUUAUAAGAAAAAUUAAUGGAUUAAAGUAAAAUUUAAAUUUAAUUGCAUCAAUAAUUAAAAGUGUUUAUUAAGGAUAAUGAUUAUAAAAUACAAUUUACUGUUUCCUCAAAUAUAACAGUUGGUGAAUUAAUUAAAUAAUUAAAAGGGAGUAAAUAAAAAAAGUUAUUUAAUGCAGAGAAUUAGAAAUAAUUAUAAGAUCAUGAAGUAUUAUUUACCUUAAUUAAUUCUAAUAAAGUGGUUGAUCUAAUUUAUAAAGAACCAAUUGAAAAUUCAAAUAGUCUUUAUAUACCUUCAGAACCAAUAUAAAAUAAUAGAAAAAUAACUUUGGACAUAAAUACAUAAGAGCCUGUACCUUUACAAAUUGUUAUUUAUAAUAUGAUGGAUGAUCAUAAAUUAUAUGAAACUGUGAGAUUAGAUUAAAAAGUAGGUGAGUUUUUAGAUCAAUUUGAAAAAAAAAUGGAGUUUUCAGGAGUAACAUUAUUUUAUGAUGGAGAAAUAGUAGAUAGAAAUAAGAAAUUUUAAGAGAUUAAUUUAAAUGCAUUAAGUAUAUUUGAAAUUGUUUGCUGA